ACUUGAGGCGGGAGCCGUAACGGUGUACUGCGCAUGCCCGUGAGUCUGACCACCUGUCGGGACUUCUUAUAAUCAAGUAAUUGGUCGUAUUACAGAAGAAUAAACCUCAAAGUUUCCCUCGACUUAUCGGGCGACAAAGUGAACGUCAAACGUGUCUCUAUGUGCUCCGUUUGCAGGAUGAAUCCAGCCAGCAACUCGGACGAUGCGAGCAUGCCAGCUCAUGACAUGGCGACUGCGGCAGGAGAAGAAGGAGAAGGAGGAGUAGGAGGAGGAGGAGGAGGUUUGUACCCAGAGUGUUACGAGGUGUGUUUCCUCAUCAAGGAGGACAUGGAGAGUCUCACCUCCGACCAACCCGGCCAACUAAUGCCGGACGAUCCCAGCAUGCAGGAGGCGCCCCCUUCUCAGUACAGCCCCUUCAUCCUUGUGUCCAACCUGAGGGCUCACCUAUACGUGGCGCUGGAGAAGAACGCCUGGCUGCAGAAGCGCAUUGAGGAGCUCGAGGAAGAGCGCAACUUCCUGCGCUGCCAGCUGGACCGCCUCAUCGUCGGCAUGCGGGGGCUGGAGGAUGAGCGAGGGGAGUGUUGUGGCGGCGGCCCGCGUGGUGUGAAGUUGCAGCCUGCCAGCCCCACUCGCCCCCCCUCACCUAUGACCACACGCUCCGGAAUGACCCUGAAACGCCUGCAAGGAGCCGGACAGCGGCCGCACCAUGGAACUGCCAUCCCUGUCAUGCAAGAGUUUCACCUGGAGGAGCAAAACUUCUACACGGACGACGAGUACUUCGAGGAGCAGGAGGACGAGCAGGAAGAGGACGACGAAGAGGAGGACACUUUGGUGGAGGCCAACAUCAAGAAGAAGGGCCGUGGGCGAGCCGGCGAGCCCAGGGUGAAGAUGAGGAGGAUCUUUCGCAUCACCCACGGCAGGGAGAGGCAGAGAGUCAAAGACCCGGACGGUGUUUUGAUCCGCUACAACAAGAUCCUGACCACCUACCAGCGUGUGAGAAGCAUGUCCCGAGCUUUCCAGAUCCACGGGGUGGACCGUAACACCAUGGCUUCCACAUCCCCCAUUGCAGAGCUCCUGCUGGUGGCACCAGACAAGAUGGCCGAAGUGGGCGAGUUUGAGGCGACCAAGGAGAAGCUUCUGGACUACGCCAGACGCUGCUACAAAAUCAUGGACGAGCAGACACACGACAAAGUUCAGACCAUGAAGAAAAGUCACAAGCUGCUGCCUAUCUCCUACCGCUUCAGGAACUGAAGCGCCCCACAGCCAAAGUUGACCCUUUGACCAGAAGUAAAAUGUGCACUUCGAUGGACUUCCGUGUGUUGCGUGAAGCUACUUUAUUUAUCCAUUUAUUUAUUUUUCUACUUUAUUCAACAUUUCUGGAGGCAAGUCCCAGUGAAAUGAUAAGAAGUGACCUCAGUUCUUUUGAGAUCCGUUUUAUUUAUGCCUUUGAGUUUAUACGGCUUGUACAUUUGGAAGUCGGUUUGCCAAACGUGUUGCACGCUCUUUAAGUUGUUCUGGUUAUUGUCAUCUGUUCUGGUCAUUGCCAUCAAAAUAAAAGUUGACAUUUUUGCAACAAGUUACCUCAACCGUUUCAUUAUGUGUUGAUUUCGACGAAGUGCUUUUGAAAUUUCAAUUCAAACUGAAACGUUUCAAGUACCGGUAUAUGCAACUGGAUUGGCUUGCUGGAUGUUGAUAAAAUGGAAAAUUGGCUUGUGCCUCUUGUGCUUAAUGCUGAAGUUCGAAUGAUAUUUAAUUAAUUUCCGAAAGAUAACAUUAAAUACAUUUGAUUUCGACGCAAAUUCAUGUUGGGUUACAAAUUCGAACUCCGCUGGCACGGCUGUCUUUUACUUCCAUUCCUAAACCGCUUCCCGUCAGACAAGGACAGUAGUACAGUACACCCGAGAAAAAAAGUACUUCUGUAACUUUGCCGCUUCCUAAAUUUUCUGAACAUUUAGAAUGAGCAAAUUCAAACUGACUAACGCUGUUUUUGGUUCCUGUUUCCCAAAUGCACUUUUGAUUUAGUGAAACUUCAC